CUAGGCUAUAAAUAAGACAUCCCUGAAAACCCUAGGGUGGUUUUUCCUGCUAUUAUCCACAACGAAACAAAGAAAGGAAGAAAAACCCAUUUAGGGUUUUUAUUUGCAGACUCACUACUUUAUCUCAAAAACCAGAGUCAGAAAUGGAAAAACCUGCAAAUCCAAAUGCUCUUCCUUCAACUCCCUCUCCAGCUCAAUCAGCUUCUACUUCAAAGGGUAAAGAAACCCAGAAGAGAAGAGAAAAACUGCCGACCCCUCAGGAGCUCGUAGCCCAUUACGAAUCUCAGGGCCUCGAAUCCAAUGAAGCUUCAAUGAAAGUAAUCGAAGAUCUCCAGAAUGUUUUGGUUAGGAUGGUGAGCUCUGGUAGGGGAAGAAAGGAUAGAUUCAUGGCUGAGAGUUCGCGAAAGCUUGAUACUGCAAAUACCCGUCUCGCGAUUCUGGAAUUGAAGCUGGAUUCGAAGCCAGGGUAUGCGGAGAGUCUAGCGAUUGGGGUUACCUCUGGUGCGAUUGUCAGAGGGGCUGCCAGUGUCUUUCCUCAUGUGGUAGGGGCAGUUGGGCAAAUGUGGAAUGCUGUUAGGAGCGCUACCAAGUCUUCGACUAAUUUGUGAGCCUUCUUUAGUAUUUCCUGUGCUUGAAUUCCUUCUUUUUUGGAUAAAUUGUUGUAGGUUUUGGUUCAGGUAGACUGGAGACUGGAGGAGGAGGGGAACGGGAAUUAAUAGUUCUUUAGAUAUCAGUAGUUCAUACUUUUUAUUUUCCGUAGAACUCUGUCGGUGGCCAUUUCUCUUCCUGUAUGUAUGACCUAUUCAAGGGAGCGAAGCAAAAGAGAUAGUGGCUUCUUAUGAAGACAGAUUUUAGAUGUGUAGAAAGAAAAGCUUCUUGAUGGGUCGUACAAUUUGAGCAAUUUUAGACAUGAUAGAUAAAUUGUUUUUCACAGAAGGUGUUCAUGGUGAAUAGAGAAAUCAAGGUUGAGCUUUCUAGAUUACAAAA